AUGGCUACUGCUUCUAAAACAGAAAGUAGACUUGUUACAGAGCAAAAUAUUUUCAAUUAUUGCAUCUCUGGUGAUUUAAAAUCAUUAAAAGAAUGUGCACGUUCUGUUGGUCAAGUAGUUCAUAAAAAUUCACUUGAUGGUCAAACUUGUCUCAUUGUAGCAUGUAGAAAUGGACAUUUAGAUGUUGCCGAAUACUUAAUCGACUUUCAUGGGGCAGAUGUUGAACAAGUUGGCGUUGUAGAAUUUGAAGGAGAACAAGUAGAAGGUGUACCUCCACUAUGGUGUGCUUCAGCAGCUGGACAUUUGAAAUUAGUUGAAUUGUUAAUUAGUCGUGGUGCAGACGUUAAUCGAACAACAAUUACUAAUUCAACAGCUCUUCGUGCUGCUUGCUUUGAUGGACAUGAACAAGUUGUUCGAUAUCUUGUUGAACAUGGAGCAAAUAUUGAAAAUCCAAAUCGCCACGGACAUACUUGUCUCAUGAUUAGUUGUUACCGUCGUCAUGAUAAUAUUGUAGAAUAUCUGCUUAGUAAAAAUGCUCGAGUUAAUCGAAGAAGUGCUAAAGGUAACACUGCAUUACAUGAUUGUACAGAAAGUGGCAAUUUAAAAUGUUUACAAUUAUUAUUAAAUCAUCGAGCUAUUAUGCGUAAAGAUGAAUAUGGUCAAUUACCAAUUAUGUCUGGUGCAAAUGCAGCUUACAAAAAGAUUGUAGAUUAUUUGGCUACUGUUGAAAUUCCUGAUUCAACACAAACAAUAAGUGUUAGUGAAAAAGCUGCUGCAUAUGAUUUACUUGGUGCUAGUCUAUUCGAUCGACAUUCUUUAAUUCAAGACGCUAUAGCUGCUUGGUAUCAUGCAAUAAAUUUACGCCAAGAGUUGUCUACUUAUAAUAAUAAUAAUAGUAAUAAUAGUAGUGGUAAUAAUAAAUUUAUUCCACAUCCAGUACCACAAUGCUCUUGUAUGAAUGAAUUAAUGUCGUGUGUUGAAGGACAACCAACAAUGACAACCACUACCACCACCACAACAACAACUACUACUACUUCAACUACUAAUUCAUCAAAUAAUUGUUGGUCAUUGAUUUCAUUAGCUGCACGUGAAGCAAUUGGAAUGGCUGAAACUAGUCGAUUUGAUGAACAACAUUAUUCGUUAACAUCUAAUUGGCAACGUCAUAAAAGAUCUACAAGAAUUCAUGACAUUUUAUUUAAAAGUUAUAAUUCACAAAAUUUCAUCAUCAUAAUUCAAUUCAUCAAUCAACUAUACGACAAAAGUCUACAACGAAAUAUUCACAAGAUUUACAUGAAUUAUUUCAAAGAAAAUAUGAAAAAUUACAAACUGAUUUACAAAAUGCUUAUCAAUGUAAAUUUGAACAUUUAG